CGGCUCCUCCGCAUUCUGUCCAAUCACGAAACGAGACGUAAUCGGUUUUGAUUACGCGGGGGAGUGGUUGCCGUGACAACGCCGCGCCCCUUCGACAUCUUUCAGGAAAUGAAUGCGAAGGAAUAAGAAAAGCAGGAACUCGGAGCACUUGAAGGCGGACGAAAGAGUUGCUGAAGGGGGAAGUUUGGCUUGAAUGUUACGGACACCGGCGCAAGUACGAGAAGAUGCUUGUUAAGGAAUACCGAGUUAUUCUUCCCAUUUCUGUUGAAGAGUACCAGGUGGCUCAGCUGUACUCGGUGGCUGAGGCCAGUAAGAAUGAGACGGGAGGAGGAGAAGGAGUGGAGGUACUGAAGAAUGAGCCCUAUGAGAAGGAGGAUGGAGAGAAGGGGCAGUACACGCAUAAGAUCUACCACUUGCAGAGUAAAGUACCAGGCUUUGUGCGGAUGCUGGCACCAUCAUCAGCUCUGAAAGUCCAUGAGAAGGCCUGGAACGCUUACCCAUACUGUCGCACAAUUCUCACAAAUGAGUACAUGAAGGAUAAUUUUAUGAUCAUGAUUGAGACAUGGCACAAGCCUGACUUCGGUGACCAAGAAAAUGUACAUAAGCUUGAUGCAGAAGCAUGGAAGAAGACCGAGGUCGUUUACAUUGAUAUUGCUGACAGGAGUCAGGUAGAAGACAAGGACUACAAACCUGAUGAGGAUCCAGCCACGUUCAAGUCAGCGAAGACUGGAAGAGGACCUUUAGGACCUCAGUGGCGAAAAGAGCUUCCUCAGAAGACCGACUGUCCUCACAUGUGUGCCUAUAAACUUGUCACUGUCAAGUUUAAGUGGUUUGGUUUGCAAAAUAAAGUGGAAGGCUUCAUCCAUAAGCAAGAGAAGCGCUUGUUUACUAACUUCCAUAGGCAGCUCUUCUGCUGGAUAGACAGGUGGAUUAACUUGACAAUGGACGACAUUCGACGGAUGGAAGAGGAGACGCAAAAGGAACUUGAUAAGAUGCGAGAAAAGGACCCAGUAAAAGGGAUGUCUGCCUCAGAUGAGUAAAGGCCCUGCAGCUGGGACUCUAUAUUACCCAGUGAGCAGCAGUAUUGUUCGUGUCCCAGGCAGUGCUCGAGAGGAUGUCUUUCCUCUUGAUCCACUCCGUUAUGGUGCCUCCCUCAAGUCCUUCUCCCACAACCGUGGAGCUCCUACACACCAUAAAAUCCUCCUAUAGCUGAUUCCUACACUAAACAAUAAUAUAUAAUGCUGAUUAUUCAUGUUUAUUUUUAAGGUUUACUGCUUUUAUUUUAAAACUGUGUUUCGUCACCACAGGUGUUUCCCACCACGUUUUUAUUGAGCUGGCUGACAACUACAUUUUUCUUCUUUUCCUUCCCUGUUAGCACUGACAUCUCCACAUAACACUGUUCUUACACUCGUUCUCUUUAGUUUGAUUACUGUUCUGUUUACUUCUUUAAGCUACAUUCGCCCCACUGUUGUGUGCUCCUAAACUGCCUUAGGGGUGACAGUUGGUUACCCUCUGUGUGUGUGUGUGUGUGUGUGUGUGUGUGUGUGUGUGUGUGUGUGUGUGUGUGUGUGUAGGAGGUUUCAAGCUAGCACUUACUCCUAACCACGUGACCCACCACUUUUUACACAUCUGAAAAUGCUCGUUGGAAGCAGUAUGGUGUCAUUGUGUUUACAUGAGGUAACCUCAGCCUGAUUGAAUAUGCAUCAUGGGUUUAAGGGAAUGAGGUUAUUUAGCGCCGAUGUGACUUUGUCUUCACUGUAACAGUAACAUCAGUGCUGCACUCAUUUUGAAUUCGGUCUGAAAGUUUGGAGUUGUCUACUUUGCCUCGAUUUUAACCCGGGGCGCUCAAGCUAGUUUAUUUAUUCACUGGGUAUUUUUACAGUUUGUCAAAUUUUCUGGGAUUAUGAAACACUGUGUAGGGCUGACAGUUUUCUACUCUUCUGGCAAUUCUAUCAUGAUUUGAAAUGGAUCAAUAAAAUGACAGACUUCUAUUUGUA